CAUGCGCAGUACACGUCUAAGCCAUUUCAGUCAACUAAGGUUCACAACAUCAAUCAACUUUCUUGCCUUACCCAGUAACCUUCGUCUGAGCGGGACCGGCCUACAAUCUGAAUCCGUUGGCUCAGAAUCCAUCUCAGUGGCGCUAAUGCAUCCACAGAUUAUGCUUCUCAUCACCAAUCUUUAUACCAAACCUUGUUGUUUACUUUUUAUCCUCUUCUUUUCCUCCUAUGGCUUUCUGUGGCUUUCAAUUGCACCAUGUUCAUCCUCUUGUUUCUCAUCUUGUCGCCUUGUGUCAUGUCUUGAAGUAUCUGGAUUCAGUCCUCUAUACAGUAAUGCUGGGCUGCCUGUUGAUGUUGAUAAUAACUGACUAGGGGUCUGAAGCAGAGAUGCAUUAGUUCAUAUUCGCCAAAUUUUAUUGCAGCGUGCGAGGAAAGACUGGAUGGCAGGAGAAUGAUACUAAAGUAGAUCAAAGUGUAUGAAAUAAAUGAAUUGAGGUUGGUAAGAAUGUUAAUAAUUUCGUGGAUGAUAACUAGUGUAUAUAUCUGUGCUGUUGUGGUUUAGAGAAAU